CUAAUAAUUUUUAUUUUUCUUUCUUUUUGGUGCGACCAAUUUAUUUAUAUUAAGCUCAUACUUAAACUAUAGUUAUUAAAAGGAUUACUUGUAAUCUUGAAAAGAAAAAGUUCUCUCUCUAUUUCCCUCUUUUUCUCCUUGUGUUUCUUAUCAUCAUCACUUGAAAAUGGUGGAUAUUAGCUUCUAUGUUGGAGUCAUAGGCAAUGUAAUUUCAUUACUCAUGUUUCUCUCCCCAGUGUCAACGUUCAAGAGGAUAGUUGAAAACAGAUCCACAGAAAAUUUUGAGAGUGUUCCAUAUAUAUGUACACUUUUAAACUCUUGUUUGUGGACUUACUAUGGUAUAAUUAAGCCUGAACUUCUUGUAUCCACCAUUAAUGGAUUCGGAGUCUUCGUCGAGAUAAUCUACGUCAUUUUGUUCCUUAUUUUCGCACCUCGCAGAAUGAAGAUGAAGACUUGGAUACUAGUGGGUCUUCUAGAUGUGGGGUUUUUGACAGCAGCAAUAAUAGUACCAAAGCUGGCAUUGCAAGGGACACAUCAAAUUGAUGCUUUAGGCUUUAUAUGUGCGGGCCUCAACGUUGUCAUGUAUGGCUCUCCUCUUGCUGCCAUGAAAACAGUGGUGACAACAAAAAGUGUAGAAUAUAUGCCAUUCCUUCUAUCAUUUUUCUUCUUCUUAAAUGGAGCAAUUUGGAGCUUGUAUGCGGUUCUUCGGCAGGAUAUUUACCUUAUGGUGCCAAAUGGGAUUGGAUGUUUUCUUGGAGUUAUACAGUUAGUUCUAUACGCUAUUUAUAGAAAUGCUAAGCCUUCCAAGAGUGACCUUUCAGCAAAACUGAUUGAGGAAGGUUCACAACAACCUAAUCUCAUCUCAUCGCCUUCAAAUCAACCACCAAAGAAAGAUGUCAAAUGGUGAAUCUUGAAAAGUAUUUUGGUUUUCAUCCAUCACUCUUUUUGAAGAAAGAUACAAAUGAUGUAUAUGAUCUCAUUGUGAGGACAUUGCCGACUGUCUAAUUUGUGUUGUAUAAAUUUGUUUUUUGAGUGAAGGUAUAGUAUAAAAGUGUCAAAGAAUAUGGUAUGUACAAGCGACUACAAUUCAAAUUCAUCAAAUAGAUUAUAAUUUCUUGUAAAAGUUGAGUGAAAUAUUUAUCCCUAAUUAAGUUCUUAUGUAUUUCUCUUUUUUAGAGGGGGUUAACCCCUAAACAAAUAUUUUGUAUCCCCGAUUAAGUUCUUAAGUAAUCAAAUACGUAAACAAAACCCUCAUUUCUUUGUA